UCAGAAAACUAAUUAAAUUAAACCUGUAAUGGAAGUUGAUAUUUUAACAUUUCAACCUGCCUUUGUCAGUGGAUGGGAAUUCAAUCCAUGUUACUUAUAAUAUAGAAUGUAAGCUCCAGCUGAUUGUAGUGUAUUUUAUUCCAGUCCACUUCAGGUGCCAGUAGUAUAUCACAGAAAGCGGGGGUUGCAGCAUUAGGUCUGGGUUAUGCUGGUGGGGAAGCUGUUGCUACCAUGGUAAAAGCAUUCAGGGAACGGCGGGAUUUCUUGGUUAAAAGCUUUGGACAAUUGAAGGGUGUCAAGAUAUCAGAACCCCGGGGAGCUUUCUAUCUCUUCAUUGAUUUCAGCUCUUACUAUGGAGGUGAGGCUGAGGGAUUUGGCAAAAUUGAGAAUUCCGAGUCCCUCUGCCGGUAUCUGUUGGACAAGGGUCAGGUUGCGCUAGUCCCAGGGGAUGCAUUUGGGGAUGACAGCUGCAUCCGGAUCUCAUAUGCAGCAUCACUCAAAACCCUUCAGGCAGCGGUGGAGAGAAUUAAGAAAGCACUCAUCUCACUCAGGCCUGCUGUCCCUGUUUGAUCGAUGUAGAUAAUUCCGGUGCCACCAUAGGCAAAAUUUGUUUUUCCUUUCUUAGGCUUCAAAAUGUUUAUUGGAAUAAUUAUUUGGAAACAAAAUAAGAUAAAGUAUGGUCAUCUGGUUUGGUUGGCUCUUUUUACCA